AUGUAUGAGGCUUAUGCAGCUAACGAAGUUGCUAUGAAGCUUCCACUGGAAGUCACUUCGCUUACUUGCCAAAGCUCCACUGGCAAUGUUCUCGCUGGCAGUAAAGUGGGACAACUAUUUGUAUACAGUCCCAGACGUGCUAAUCGUCGCGGUUUUGACCUCGACAACCUUUGCAAGCAAUUUGAAAGAAAAGCUGUUCUGGAGUUGAAAGUAUGUGAGGAGCAAGAUCUGCUGUUUUGCGUCUCCGAUGGACAAAUGGCCGCUCACUCGCUGAGUACGUUUUUGUUCGAUGACCGACAUUAUCCCGUCAUCAAUAUUCUCCAUAAAGUAAAACCUGUACAGAGUUUUACAACUUGGUAUCGUAAGGAUGAAGAUAUGAUGCACAUUUUCGUCUCAUCGAAAAAGCGAUUAUAUCUUUUCAAAUGGCUUGACAACGAUUUUCAUGAAGUCCGAUUUGAGUAUAAUCAGUCAUUUACGGAUAAGCCAGGAACUUUGAAGUUGGUUUUAACUGGCGGUUUUAAAGUUGUUGAUGACACUGUAUUCCUGAGUUGUGGUCGCGAAUACAUUCUUAUGAAGCUUAUCGAUAAAAGCACUGAUGAAGAACAGCUGUUACUCGGUGAAUGUCGCCGUCUUUUCGACUUUGGCGACAACGCAGGGAUUGUGGAAAUAUGGGAUCGAGAUCUUCUUGGAUUUCUCCAUGGCGACACAGUUGUUAUCACCAGUUUCGACGGUCAUAAAACUUCCUUGGCGGAUGUAAGGUUCAGCGAUGUGUUAGUCGAUAUAGUGUAUGACCCACCUUACCUUGUUGGACUAUUACCAAGAGGAAGAGUUGAAGUUAGAUCACUGACACCAUCGUAUCUCAUCCAAAGUAUGGCGCUUAGUAAAGCCUCCAGUCCAUUCGACGUCUGGAUGCUUGAUGUCCAUACGAAUAUCCGCAGGAAUGUCUCCUUGCUCAUUGCUGACAAGCAGUUUGAAUUGGCUAUCCAAAUCGUGGAAAUGUCAAACAUUUUCACAGAAGAAAACAAGGUCGAAAUCAAGCGACAAGCAGCGUUAAACCUUUUCCAUAGAAGGAAGUUUGAGGAGUCGUUCCAACUAUACGCUGAUAUCAAGACAGAUGUCAUCACUAUCAUCCAAAUGUUUCCCGAAUUUCUGCCAGAAAAGCUGCAGAAGGAUGCGGCGGCAUUUGAUCUCCCGGCAAAUGACAAGAAACGCGCGUUGUUGGCGUUGGGCAACUAUCUUUCAGCGGUACGAGCAGAUCUGUCAAAGCAAUUGGACCAAUACAAUCGCGAGAGGCAUCAUAGCCAAGCUAACAUAAGUCCAGAGCAUGUGAAAAGUCUGCACAUCUCCUUGCAAGUGAUAGACACAGCAUUGUUGAAGUGUUACCUGCAAACCAGGCCAUCACUCGUGGACUCUUUGCUUCGGUUACACAACAACUCUUGCUUUUUCGAAGACGCUGAGUCCAUACUAAAAACUGAAAAUCGUCUCCCAUCUCUUUUUAUAUUGUAUGAAUCGAGGAAAAAGCAUGAAAUGGCACUUGAGCUACUCCGCACUCAGUUUCAAGACCCUGAAUCUGAUCCAUUCUUCCAUGGACUCGAUCAGAUGGUCGCUUACCUACAAACCUUGGGGAACACUCACCUAGAACUGAUAUUCAAAUACACAAGAUGGAUUCUGGAUAAGGACGUUACGGCCGGGUUAGAGGUUUUCACUGGAGAGGAGUCUGACUUGGCUAGAAAUCUUGAUCGACAGGCUGUGCUGGUAUUCUUACGCACGCAUUGUGUUGCAGCUGUCAUUCCAUAUCUGGAGCAUAUAAUCUACAAAUGGGACGAGACCCGACCACAAUUUCAUGAAGCUUUGGUUGAACAUUACAUUGUUCGAGUAAAGCUUUUAUUCAAGGAUUAUGUGCAGGCGUACCCUGACGAUGAAAAUAUAAUCAGAGCAGGGGAUGAAGAUGGAGAGCUGGGUGAGAUGCGACGGCGAUUACUGAAGUUUUUGCGAUUCUCGUUGUACUAUAGCCCACAAGCUGUGAUCUUGCAGCUUAGUAAUUGUGGCUUUUUAAAUUUUUGUCAAACUACUGUGAGUCCAAUCUUGUUUUUUCCUCAUUUUUUUGUUCGGAUUAUUGUUGUGUCUUGGGAUUUAGGGUUUGCACACUCAUCUUUUUACGAAGAACGAGCUUUGGUUCUCGGACGUUUGAAGCACCAUGAACAGGCUUUGGCAAUCUAUACAUCUAUUUUGAAUGACUUUGAUGCCGCUGAGGAGUAUUGCCAAAUAUACUAUGACCGUAGCGAUGAGACCAACUCACAGGUUUAUCUGCUUCUUUUCCGUGCUUAUGUUUGUCCAUUGGAUCCUAUGAUUGCUGGCCUAUCGGAAAAAGAUCUUCCGACUCCAGAACCCGAUGUGCAUAGUGCUGUUAAGGUCCUGAGCAGACACGCUGAUAAGAUUGAUACAGUCGCCGCUCUAUCUAUAAUCCCCAACGACACGCCAUUAUGCACUUUGUCUAAAGCGCUCCAUGCUGUCCUGCAGGCUACUCAUGAUGACGCAUGUGCUGUGAGUCUUCUGGCUCUGCGCCGGUCUGUCUGCCUAUGUGGUGUCGAAUCUCAUGAAGAACGAUUGCGACAAGUCUUGAAGCAACGAAUUGUAAUUGGAAACUCGAGCGAAUGCUCGAAAUGCGGCAAGAAAAUUGGAAAU